CUUUCCCAGCGUGCUCCGGGGCACGGCGCGGGGUGGCUGCUGCUUACACAAAGGGGCUGCGCGGAGGAAAUGGCGGCCGUGGGGACUGAGGGCAGCGGCAAAAUGGAGGAGACGGCGGCGGCGGCUAACGGGGCGGGCAGCGCCGGGGACGGGCCCCCUAAGAGUGAAGGUGAACGACCAAGCCAGAAUGAAAAAAGGAAAGAGAAAAGUGUCAAAAGAGGGGGAAAUCGUUUUGAGCCAUAUGCCAACCCUGCUAAAAGAUACCGAGCUUUUAUCACAAAUAUUCCAUUUGAUGUGAAGUGGCAAUCUCUCAAAGACCUGGUCAAAGAGAAAGUUGGUGAGGUAACAUACGUGGAGCUCUUAAUGGACGCUGAAGGAAAGUCAAGGGUAAGUGAUUGAGAGAAUUUCUUCUGUGGAUUUUACUACAUGACAAAUGUAAUUGUAUGGUGGCGUGGAACCAAAUGAAAUCAAGAAGGUAGUGUGUAUGGAUAGUGGCUAUAUAUCUAGGCACUGCCCAAAGCCCCUUGUGGGAUGGGGAGGAGGUGGGAAGGGAUGUGCAGAUAGUAUCAGCAUUGUGCUCAGUCGGUGUUGGCUGUGAGUGAAUUAUGCAUGGACCCUAGCAGUAUCUACAGUGGUAUGUUAACGUAAAACGUCAUUUGUAGUUGUUGAAUUUAUAAGUUCAGUGUGCAAAAGCAGGUUCUGUAAACAUGACACUUCCCAUGCUAGUUAAUAUAAGGCAAAUCUCUAAACUUAAGACAUGCAUAGCUUUAGUAGGUGUCAAGCUACUUUCUGUUAAGUGAAGGAAUGUUUUAGCAAAAUCAUAAUAGGAACUCACUUAAGUGUACUGAAAGGAUAUGGAUUGAGGAUGAAGGAACAUGGUGAGGAUUUUGACAGGCUACAGAGAACAGGAAAUGUUAAGUGUGUGGUGUUUUCUUGGAGAACCUGGACUUAGUUUUGCUUAUUACAACUUCAAAAAUUACAGUACAAUCCUGAUAAUGUGUAGGAGUUAAUAUUUUUUGGAAUCCAGGUAACGAAGGUUAUA